CGAGUAAAUCUGAACCUUAUAAACACUGCAUGACAUAAAACAUAUUUAAAAAUGAAAUUACACGAUAAAAGUACCUUAUAUUCCAUUGAUUUCAGUUCAUAUUCCAUUGAUUUCAACAAAUUUUUUGCCAAUUUUGCGUUUUCUUCACAUUUUUCAAGUAAUUUUUCAGAAAUUUCUUUUUUAUCUUUCUUCAAAUUUUCAAUUGUAAUUUUUGCAUUUUCCAAUUCUUCUUUUAAAUUGUGUGUUUGA